AUGCCGCGUGAACCGCGGGAGGUCAGUCAUGUCGACGACUUUCGAAGACUGGCAGCCGAGAACGACUCGGAAGACGUCGCCUAUUCUCGCCCUGACGACUCUGGUGACGUCGCCUGCGACGCAUCCACGGCAACGAGCGACGUCGAGGCGGGCGACGUACGAGUUCGCACCGUGGAUUACAACGCGCGGCGCGAGACGGACUACGUGAUCGUUGUUCACGGCACGUUCGACGCGCCGCCCGCGGACGGCUCGCGCACGUGGUACCAGCCGCCCGCGCCGGGGGAGCAGAACUUCUGCGCCAAGAUGGGCGCGCUGCUGGCGCGCGGACCCAUCGGCGCGGGGAGCGUGUGGCGGGAAAUUCCGCGCGCGACGGAUUCUCAAGAGGCAGCGUCGCGAGGAGGUGCGUCGCAGAGGGGGUCGCAGUCGCAGGGAGCUGCAGCGUUGCAGGAGGGGGGAUCAUGGCAACGCGUGAUGGACGGUGACGUGCCUUACCCGUUCUUCUGGGACGGUAGCAACACGCACGAGGGGCGGUUGAAGGCUGCAGAAAAGCUCCUCACCCACCCCUCUACGCGCAUGCGCGUCCUCGUUGCCCAUUUCCGUGUUGUCCCCCCCUUUUACUCCCCUUUUGCUCAUCUAACUCCCCCCUCCCCCUCCUCUUCAGCACAGCUGGCGCGGCUGUUCGACCUGUUAGCUCGAAGAGACCCAUCGGCGCGCAUCCACCUGGCGCGGCUGGUCGACCGGAUAGCCAGCAGAGACCCCUGUACUUCCUCUCUCCACUGUCCUGCUCCCCUUCAACCCCCCCCUCUCCCCUCCCCCCUCUCCCUCUCCUCUUCAACACAGCUGGCGCGGCUGGUCGACCUGAUAGCCAGCAGAGACCCCUCAGCGCGCAUCCACGUGAUCGCUCACUCCCACGGAGGCAACGUGCUGCUUAAAGCCACCGAGCUCGUGAGUGCGAGUUAA